CUUGCCGCCCUCACGACCCCUGGGCUGUGUGACGUCUGAGGCAGCAUGGCUGCGGCCGUUCGACCUCGGAAGCAAGUCCUGCAGCCUGCCCUAUGGAGCUCCGUGUACCCCGGAGUAGGACGAUGUGGCUCCACCAGCUGCUGCUGGCCUCCGGGAGCUAGAAGGUACCUACUUACAGAUAAUAUUGUGAAAUUAAGAGAAUUUCAGCACAAGAAGGUGGCUAUUGCAUGUAAUCUGUCUGGCACUAAAGAAACCUAUUUUAGAAAAGUAGAAGAGAAAUUGACCCACAAAAAGCUCAUAUUGAAGAAUGAAUUGAAAACCUUGCUUCAUUUGUGUGAGUCCCAGGAUGAUAUGACGCUGGCUAAAAAUGUCAUUUACAGGUACCAUGCAGAGAAUAGAAAUAUCACUUUGGGGGAGUAUAAAUUUGGACCACUUUUCAUGAGGUUGUGCUAUGAGUUGGAUCUUGAGGAAUCUGCAGUGGAGCUCAUCAAAGACCAGCAUUUACAAGGUUUCUUCUCAGACUGCACAUCUUUCAAUCUUUUGAUGGAUAUGUUAUUUAUCAAAGGCAAAUAUGAAAGUGCCUUAGAAGUGUUGGUUGAGAUGAGAAAUCAAAGUUUAAAAUUCAACAAAGAGACCUAUGUCCUUGCUUUUGCAGUUUGCUACAAACUGAAUAGCCCUGAGUCUUUUAACAUCUGUACUACAUUAAUGGAAGAAUCCUUAACCAAAGGUGAAGUCCUUCCCAGAAGAGCAUUCUGUUUUGCUGUGGCAUUAGCUCUGAAUCAGAACCAGGUGGCAGAAGCUGUAUCCAUUUUUUCACAUAUCAUGAAUCCAGAAAGCAUAAUCUGUACUAAUUUAAAUCUUUUGAUCCAUAUCCAGUCAGAUAUGUUGAAAACCCUGAUAGAAAUACUAAAGAAAGCUACAGCUGAAAAUCUGUCAAAAUUUGUAAAAAGGGAUGAAUUCCCAGAAGAAGUGCUGGCCAAAGUGAGGGAAAAAGUGAAGGACAAACCCACCCUUCUGAACAGUUUUGAUGAGAUCUAUGGGAAACUGCAUGAAAAUGGCCAGGUCACUACAUGCACUCUGGAUGAUAUGCUCUGUCAGACCUCUAGGUACAACUCCCAAGUGGUGCUAUUCAACAGAAAGACUGUGAGUCGUCGGACCUUCCAGCCACUCAGCCGCUCCCUGUGGUCUGAGUAGCUAUAGUCUCAAACCACCUGUGCAUAUGAGGUGGAGGCAGCCAACUUGUGAGUUACUGGCUUCCUAAGAAAUUUGAUGUCAUGCUCCAGUGGACACUACACUAAGUAACAUUUUGUUUCCUCUUGAAAUUCACAAAUUCAUGAAAUACUGGCAUGCUGGCCCAAGAUGUGAAUAUGCUGCACCACUGUGAAGCUCUAGAUAAAAGCAAACAGAAUGCUUAAAGAGAAAUCCCCUAUGCAAAUUGCUAUGGACUCAUGAAGGAACAGGCUCAUAAUCCAGUUCAACUUUCAUUCCAGAGCGAAACCUAAUAAAUGCCAGUGGGAAGGAACUUCA